AUGGCUAUCCCAGACCAGCAGUGGGCACAAGUUGUCGAGAAGUCUGGCUCUGCUGAGAAACCCGGCCCUGAUGAAGUCCUGGUCAACAUCAAGUUCUCUGGCGUCUGCCAUACGGACCUGCAUGUCAUGAGAGGCGACUGGCCGCUGGACGUUAAAUUCCCCCUUGUGGGUGGCCAUGAAGGUGCUGGCGUGGUUGUCGCCAAGGGUGAUCUAGUCGACGAUAUCGAGAUUGGGGACCAUGCUGGGGUAAAGUGGCUCAACGGCUCAUGCCUUGCAUGCGAGUUUUGCCGCCAGUCUGAUGAGCCACUCUGUCCCAACGCUCUGCUCUCUGGAUGUACUGUUCAUGGGACAUUCCAGCAAUACUGUGUUGCCAAGGCCGCACAUGUAUCCAAGCUUCCUCGGAAUAUACCUCUUGAUGCUGUUGCUCCCAUCCUAUGCGCUGGUAUCACGGUCUACAAAGGUCUGAAAGAGUCCGGGGCACGACCUGGACAGACUGUCGCCAUCGUCGGUGCUGGAGGCGGCCUGGGUACUUUUGCUCACCAGUACGCAAAGGCUAUGGGCCUAAGAAUCAUUGCAAUUGAUGGCGGCGAUGAGAAGAGGGAAUUGUGUCAGCAGCUCGGGGCAGAAGCCUACAUCGACUUCAAAACAAGCAAAGAUAUCGUCCACGACGUUAAAGCUGCCACUCCUGACAGCCUUGGGCCACAUGCCGUUCUCGUUCUCGCCGUGUCCGAAAUUCCAUUCCAGCAGGCAGCCGGCUACGUAAGACCGCGAGGGUCGAUAGUCGCCAUCGGACUGCCGGCCGACGCGUAUUUCAAGGCUCCUGUCUUUAGUACCGUUGUCCGGAUGAUCAACAUCAAGGGUAGCUACGUGGGUAACAGGCAGGACUCAAUCGAGGCAAUUGAUUUCUUUGCUCGCGGCCUGAUUGACGUGCCUUUCAAAACUGUCCAGUUGUCCGAGCUGGACAAAGUAUUUGAACUCAUGGACCAAGGUAAAAUCGCCGGCCGCUACGUCCUGAAGAUGCCCGAUUAG